GAAAUUCUUUCUGUUAACAGCACUACCCUGUAGCCUGGGUAAAUACCAUGGUAUUUGAUUACAAAGGACAGCUGAAGAACGGAGAAUUCGUACUGCACAGCUGGUCAUCAUUUCCAGAUGAGCUUGAAGAAAUGUUAAAUCCAAUGGGAACUGUCCAGACUAACCCUUACACUGAAAAUGCAACAGCUUUGCACAUUAGAUUUCAAGAAUAUUCAAAACAGCCUAUUAAUUACCCUCCCUUUGAUAAGAUACUUGAAAAGGCAGCAGAGAUUGCAAGAAGCAGUGACAAUGCUGCAAUGGCGGGUCGAGGUGGUAAAAAAUUUUAUGUUGUGCUAAAAGAAAUAAUGGAAAGAGAUCCUUUAUCUCAGCUCUGUGAAAAUGAAAUGGAUCUCAUCUGGACUUUGCGAUACGACUGCCGUGAAAAUUUUCCACAAUCGUUGCCAAAGCUGCUGCUCUCCUUAAAAUGGAACAAACUUGAAGAUGUUGCUCAGCUUCAAGCUCUCCUUCAGAUAUGGCCCAAGCUACUGCCUAGAGAAGCUUUAGAAUUGUUGGAUUUCAAUUACCCAGACCAGUAUGUGAGAGAAUAUGCAGUGGGUUGUUUAAAGCAAAUGAGUGAUGAAGAGCUUUCUCAGUAUCUUCUUCAACUUGUGCAAGUCCUGAAAUACGAACCUUUUCUUGAUUGUGCUCUCUCCAGAUUUUUACUAGAGAGAGCACUUGCUAAUAGAAGAAUAGGACAGAUGUUGUUCUGGCAUCUAAGGUCAGAGGUUCACAUACCUGCUGUUUCUGUACAGUUUGGUUUGAUACUUGAAGCUUACUGCCGAGGAAGUGUUGCUCACAUGAAAGUGCUUGCUAAACAGGUAGAAGCUCUUAAUAAAAUGAAGACUUUAAACAGCCUAAUUAAGCUGAAUGCCAUGAAACAAAGCAAAGCAAAAGGAAAAGAUGCAAUGCACACAUGUUUGAAACAAAAUGCUUACAGAGAAGCACUCUCUGACCUCCAGUCUCCUCUGAAUCCUUCUGUUAUACUUUCAGAACUGCAUGUUGAGAAGUGUAAGUACAUGGAUUCUAAAAUGAAGCCUUUAUGGAUAGUAUACAACAAUAAGAUGUUUGGAGGAGAUCUUGUAGGCAUCAUCUUUAAAAACGGCGAUGAUCUCCGACAGGAUAUGUUGACACUCCAGAUUUUACGUUUGAUGGAUGUGCUUUGGAAAGAAGCUGGCCUGGAUCUCCGGUAAGGAACUCUUGUGGGCUGGUUUAUAUGGAUGGGGAGUCCACUCUUACCAGUAAAGCUUUCCUGUCUAUUGGCUUUCCCUACCAUAUUCUAAAUGUCUAUGUUAGUUCCAAAGGUUUCAGUUGUCAUAGCCAAGGUGAACAGGCUAUAUAUAGGAGACACUCAGCUUACCUACAGAGAUGGCUUCUCUGCAGUUUAUUCCCAAGAUGGCUCACAUUACAAAGUAAUUUCUCCAUGAAAAGAAAUGCAAGAAGUGAAGUGAAACACAGCAUUUUUACUUACUAUCAAGCAGGAUAUUUGACCUGGUACAAUGCAUCUCUCAUGGUGUAUCUAAGUUGCCAUGCUGAUUGUAAAUCACACUGUUCUCUGUUUUCAUGCUGACAAAAAGCACUGCAUGAGGUGAGAAAACAGUUCUUCAAUAAAGGGUCCAGCAACCAG